AUGCCAUCACACAAGCUGGGCUCAAGCGUCGCCGAGUUAUACGAUCUUGUGUCGAGUGUAGACGGACAAAGUCCAGAUGUUCCGGUCCUCCUGCGUGCGAAAGAUCUUGAGCACUCUUCCCCAGAAACAAGCUUCCAGCAUAAAUCUUCUCGCACAAUACCGACAUGGCUAGUGAUUCGGAACUUGCCUCCUAUUGAUAGGAUUCGCGAGCUGAUCGACAUCUACUUUUCUCAUCUCCACUCCGUUCGUUGCAUGGGAUUCUUGCAUAUUCCAAACUUCAUGGAGCAGUUUCAGAACUCGAAAACAGUAUACUCAGAAUUCUCAGGACUGGUCUAUAUCAUGUGUGCAUUGGCUGCUCCGAUUUAUUAUGCAAAGACUAUCGGUUACCCUGAAGAGGAACCUAGUUCUGACACUCGCUUUUACAAUGCUGGUAAAGGCUGGGCCGAGGCGGCCAUGCAGUGCGUUUUUGCGACCUUCGGCAAUCCGACCAUUGAAUGUCUUAUGACGGAAAUUCUACUCCAUGAAUAUUAUCUCCGAGUCGGUGACUACUCAAAAGCAUUUCUCAUUUCCGGAUCCAUAUCACGGAGGGUGCAACUACUGCAGCUCAACGUAGAGCACGACAAUGACAUCUUGUGCCAGAAGAAUGAGAUUUCAUGGGCAGCAAAAGAAAGUCGCCGGCGACUUUUAUGGGCUUGUUAUCUGCUUGACGCAUCCAUCGAAUGCGGUAUUGACCAGCUCCGUUUUAUCUCUGCAGGUGAUCUUCAGGUCCAACUUCCAUGCACUGAAGACUCCUUUAUUCGAAACAUGCCCUGCAUUACGGAGAUGUUGUCCGUCGGAAAGCUACUGCCUUUUGUCGAGAGGCAAGCAUUGGCCACAUUCACAGUCGAGAAUAUUGACAUGCGUGGACAUUACAUUAGGGCUAUGGCCAUCCGUUCCAAGAUACUGAAACAUGUUAAGCACCUGGACGGAGAGAUCCCCUGGGAAGCAAACGGAAACUCUCAGUUUCACGCUUUGAACGAGGAACUACGAGAUAUCGAAAAUUCAAUACCGGAAAGUAUGAGAAUGUCAACGGAAAAUGUCUACAUCUACAAAACCUCUGGUCGAUUAAACCUAUUCUUUGGCCUCCAUAUCCUUAUCUCUCAAACUUACAAUGAUCUAUAUCGUGUAGGAGUCUCGAAGCUUGUUUUCCCAAACUCUGCUACCAAAUGGAUCCGCGAAAACGCCCCGGAGGAAUUUAUCAACAUGUGUCAUCACACUUGCCUUGAAAAGGCUAUUUACAUUGGGUCUCUUCUACAAGACCUUUGGGAACGCCAUAAGCUCAGUAUCAUAGAUACUCCGUAUGCAGUCCACACGCAGAUAUGCAGCAGCGUACUGGUCACCAGCCUGGAGUCAUGGAGAGUACUUGAUCCUUCCAUGUUCUCAAAAUUUUCCUAUCAAGACUGCCAUGAAAUAUUGCAGAGCAAUGUGCGAAUUCUCAGUUUUCUCGCAAAGUACAUCAAAGUAGAUUUGUACUACGAGUCGGCAGUGCAGGCAUUGCGGCGCUUUGACAGUUUGUUUUCUGGUGAGGCCAGGGGCGGCUUCUCAGCUAUAUCGGUUGAGACUCCAAGCGUAGUGGAUAGGAAUAUGGAGCCAAAGAAUCCAGCUCAGUUCUCUCUCGAAUACAUCCUGAACCCCUUGGGCACAUACCCUAUGGCGCGGAAACAGGUGUAUGAACGUCACCAGUCAGAGUCAACCCAAGACAGACAGUCGGAGAUCUCAACUCCCGAGAUUCAACAACUUAUGCCUCACCAACGUCCUUUUCUUAGCCGUAUCACUGAUGACCUCAGUCUAUCAAACAACCGAUUUUACUCCUCCAACGCAGUGUAUAGCUUACCAAGCCCGGAAGAGGGUCUUUUACCUCUUCCGGACUGGGCUUCUGGAAUUUCAAUUAUGGGUGGAAUGGGGUAUCCAAAUUUUUUGGAGGAAUUUUUGUAA